UUCUUUUCUAGUACUACAACAACUUGAAUUUCUCUCGAACACUUCCCAACUUUCUAAGUAAUCUCCAUAUAACAUCUAGAAGAAAAAAAAAAGCAAUGGGAAGAUCACCAUGUUGUGAUAAAAAUGGACUCAAAAAAGGUCCAUGGACACCAGAAGAAGAUAAUAAACUGAUCCAAUAUAUUGAACUUCAUGGUCCUGGAAACUGGCGAACACUCCCUAAGAAUGCUGGACUUCAAAGGUGUGGAAAGAGUUGUCGUCUUCGUUGGACGAAUUACUUGAGACCUGAUAUUAAGAGAGGACGAUUCUCAUUUGAAGAAGAAGAAAGUAUUAUCCAACUUCACAGUGUUCUUGGCAACAAGUGGUCAGCUAUAGCGGCUCGUUUGCCAGGAAGAACAGACAACGAAAUCAAGAACUAUUGGAACACUCACAUAAGAAAAAGACUUCUAAGAAAUGGUAUCGACCCAGUGACCCAUAGUCCUCGUUUUGAUUUAUUAGACUUAUCAUCCCUCCUAAAUUCAACUCAAUUUAACCUUUCGAGCUUACUUGGACUGCAAGCACUUGCAAACCCUGAAGUCUUCAGACUUGCAACUACUCUUUUGGCAUCACACAAUGAAAGUAACCCAGAAUUAUUACUACAAAAACUUCAAGAAAAUCAACUGUUGAACAGUCAAUUUCAAAAUCUUGAAGGGUCUGAUUUGUUGUUACAAAAACUUCAACAAAAUCAAAUAUUAUUGAAUACCCCACUGCAAAAUCAGCCUCAAUUUUACCAACUCCAAAAUCAGAUUCAAGAAAUACCCAAUUUCACCACACAAAAUGUUCCUUGUUCAUCUGCAUCACAGCCCAUGCAAGGACACGUGGAGGAAUCCUAUUUGAUGAAUGGCCAAAUGCUACCUCCACAAAACUAUGGUUAUUGUAACUCUGAUACUUCUGAUAAUUCCACCUUUCAAUCACUGAACAAUAACAGCAGCAAUCAGAAUUUCAGCUACGAUUCAGUGUUAUCGACGCCCACAGAAGAUGAGAAAGAGACCUUUUGCAGUAAUUUGAUGAAAUUUGAAAUCCCAGAGAGUUUAAAUUUUGAUGAUUUCAUGUAAAUAUCGAUCGACAUUGUCCAAAUCUUAGUUUCUCUUUUUUGUAUUGUUGUUGUUGUUUUGUUUUCUUCUAGGGGCAUUUGGAUGGAACCGUUGUUACAUUUUUUAAGUUUUUGGUGCAUCCAAUUCUAAAGUUGUAUUGUUAGGUGGAUCUUGUUUUAGAAUUUUAUUUAUACAUACCAGUUGUUUCUUGUCU